UCAAUUCAGCUCCAUUUUCUCUAACAACCGUCGUUGUCUUAAGGCAAAUGCAGCUGGUCGACAACGACACAUUUCUCAAACGGCUGGCUGCAUUGUUUGAGGAUUCGAAAAACCAAGGCUCAAUAUGGCUAACACAUAAACGAUUGACCUAUGAAGAUGAUGUGAACAUGGAACCAAAGGAUGAAUCUGAAGAAUCUGAAUAUCCGUGUCUGAUUCGUGUGACAGGUGGAGGCGAGGUGAAAUUCUCGACACGAGUUGUAUCUAGCCAGCUUCCGCACUUCCAACGUGAAUAUGGGACUCUCUUGAAGGCAUCGAUGACGACUCUCCGUAAACGGGAUAAGAAACGAGAGAAACAACGUGCAGAGCAGGUAGCCCUUCGAAAAAAACGCUUAAAUGAGCCUGUUGUGGUCGAUGGUGCCAAACGUGGAAAAGGCCGAAGCAGACGACAAAGACAAAUGAAGGCUGCUGUGAAGCAGCAAGAAGCACUGCAGCACGCCAAGGCACGCGAGGAGGCGAAAGCGAAGGCUACCACAGAGACGUCGUAACCUUCUCGAAUUUUUUGUUGUCCUCGUGUGCAUCCAACCACCACGUAGAUGCUAUCCCGAUGUUUAUUCAUGUAUUUUAACGCGCAUCAUAAUGUACAUAACCUUCUAAAGUCGCUCACGAAACCCACACCU